AUGGCCUUCAAGAUUGUCCUAUUGGCGUCAGUGGUCGCCCUCGCAGCCGCUUUCCCAGCCGGUUACGGUGAGUACUAUGGUGAGCAUCAGCUCGAAGGUGGCCAUCAAUAUGGACAGGUCGCACGCAUUUCCCUAGGAGACGGUCACGGACAUCACGAAUAUCACGAGGAUGAGCACGUCGAUUACUACGCACCACCAAAGUACGCGUUCAAAUACGGCGUCAAUGAUUUCCACACCGGUGACGUUAAAUCGCAGCAUGAAACGCGUGAUGGUGACGUCGUAAAGGGUCAGUACUCGCUCGUGGAACCUGAUGGUUCCGUCCGUACGGUCGAUUACACCGCCGAUAAGCACUCGGGUUUUAAUGCAGUCGUUCACAAGACGGCUCCUGUUAGCCACCAUCAGGCUGCCCAUUAUUAAGCCCCCCCCUUUUUCAAGGGGUCUUUAGUCGUUGUCACACAC